AUGAGAUCGAGCCUCAGUCUCCAUUGGAAACCAUCCAGUCUGGUUGCAUCGCUGUAUAUUUGUGCCAUUCUGUCAAUACGAAGCUUUCCCUUGAGUUUGGCGGAAACGACAACAGUCACAAAUGUGGAUCUUCCCUUUGGAGACAUUAACGUGUUGGUGCUGACGGAUGUUCAUUCUUGGGUUGGAGGACACAGCAGCAGUGCGCCCGAUAACAGCAAUAAUGUGGAUUAUGGAGACGUCUUGUCCUUUUAUCAACUUCUUCAUGCUCAUUGCCAGCAACACGAAAUGGAUCUAUGGUUUGUUGUCAAUGGGGACUGGAUCGAUGGUACGGGAAUUUCCCUCAAUGACGACACUUCCUACCUGACGCCCAUAUUGGAACACAUGCCCUGGGAUGCACUCAAUGUGGGAAAUCAUGAAUUAUAUCGGGACGAAGUGGUCACACAGUUCAUGAGACCUGGUGGCUUUGUGGAGUGGUGGGGUGACCGAUACGUGAGUUCCAACGUUAUUUACAAUCCACACCAACAGCCUUUGGGCGAACGAUAUCGAUUCUUGAGAGGCAAAAAUUCCACUGUUUUGACUUUUGGAUUCCUAUACAACAUGCAAGACGCAAGUUCCCUCGUCACAGUGGAGACUGUGGAAUCCGUGGUGGAAGAACCGUGGUUUGUUGAUGUGGUGACGAAUGCCAAUAACGAACCAACGGGAGACUAUGAUGCCAUCCUCAUCAUGGCACACAUGGAUGUCAAGGAUGAAUUGGUCACAGUACUGCUCGACAAAAUAAGAUCUCUUGUGGGCGAUCACAUGCCCGUCCAGUUCUUGACUGGACACACCCAUUUUAGAAGAAUUGAAACGUUGGAUGCGGCUUCCGUAUCAUUCGAAGCCGGCAAAUUCCUCGAUACCAUUGGAUUUGUAUCAUUUCCCAAAAAGCAAACCUUGACCAAUCAUCGUAGGAGCCUUCAAGGAAAUAGUAAUGAGACAACUCCUCUUUUGGGGCCAGGAGGGACAGAAUGGCAAAAUGUCUCCGAUCCUACAACAGCUCCCAGCAUUAGCAAUGACACAACCACAACCACAUCAACUUCGACUGCCACGACUGGUGCUCCUAUUGCAACAACCAACGCUAACACAACUACCAGUAUGUCUGCACCAUCAAGUCGUCCCACGGAAGCAGCAACACCUUCGCCAACUCCACUUGCCACUGCCAACAGAACUGUCCCACCCGUCAGUACUCCACAACCAACCGUGGCACCCACUCCAGUCGUAGCAAAAUACUUUCACCACAGAUUUAUUGACACCAAUGUUGCCACGUUGAAGCAAAUUCUGGGUGAUAUUAGUGAUGAGCAAUUUACCACAGAAGAUGGAAGACGGCUCUCCGAAUUCAUUCUUAGAACGAGAACGGAGCUUGGGUUGCUGGAUGUUGUGGGAUGUUCGCCUGAAUCAUACUACAUGAAUCGGACUGCCCAAGAAGACGACUCGCUAUGGCGUCUCUUUAUUGACCAAGUGGCACCCUACGAGUUACUCAAACCGUCCAAGAGUGGCGGCAACCGCGUGUAUAUCGGACAGGUAUGGGCAUUCCGGUAUGACCUGCUACAGCAGCAACUUGUCAAGGAUGAUGUCAUUGCCGUGGCACCCUUCAAUGAUUCACUCAUCUCCAUCGGACCCAACAUUCCUGGGUCCGUUGUGACGCAAUUGGUGAAGCAGGUCUUGAACCCAAGUGCCCAUGCCUUCAAUCCAAAAUGGGAAAACUACUAUCUGGCUCCCCGGUUGGAAACUCUUGCCCCAAAUGAACAGUACGAAAUCCUUAGCCCGAGCUUUGGAAUCGAAACCAUCGUUUCUGGGUUGGAUGAGAUUGGAUACAAUGGCACAACCAAACAACAAGACAGCGGUUUCUUCGACACCGACGUUUGGAUCAAGUUUGUCAAGGAUAAUUGGGAAUGCAGGGAUCAAGAAUCCGUUGCCCCAACCAGCACUAACCAACAUCACGGCGGUUCCCAAGGUCAUGGCAAUGCCGGUAGCGGCGGUCAUCAGGGAGGUUCCUCGUCAACGAGCUCAUCAGGUCCCGGAGAUCACAAUCAUCAUUCUGGCACGCCCUAUAACGUUUCUGCAAACGAAGAAGAAGACAAGUUCCGACUGAUACUGGCAUCCAUUGGAGUGGGACUGGUGCUGUUGCUGGGUACCGUCUACAUUUGGCAGCUUCACAAGAGUUGGCUAGUUCGGUACCGAGAACGGCAACGGCUGAUCUUUAUUGCCGAUUCCGAGAAUGAUCCCGACAACGAACUGAUUUAG